UUCUCAACCUGUUACGCUUUGGUUGGGAUUAUUGCAAGUCCUGUCCAAUGGAGUUGAUAAAAGAGGAUGAUGGCCUUGAGCCAGUGAGCCCUUCAGGACAGUACCUUAACAGCAAAGUGAUGUCGGUUUCUAUUCUUGGCAUCUUGGAAUUAGAAAUUCCAAUUGAUGACUCCCAAGCUAUGUCGUUGUUCAGAGAUGACUUCCUCCCAAUAAACCCUCGCUUCUCUUCUAUCAUGGUACGUAUGUGUGUACCCUGUGCAUAGAUAUUCACCAUUGGUAGGAUUGAUAUAUAAGUAAUUGGUAUUUAUCAGGUGAAAGUGUGCUUGGUCACGUAUCUGAAUGAAUAAACCCUUAUUCACUGCACAUUCUUAGAUAGUAUUUUUGUUUUCGUUUUUCGCCUUGGGUAGGUGACGGGAGACAAGGGAGCAAGAAAAUGGAAGAAGGUGGGAGUGAAUAUGGAAAACCAUGUACACGUCCCGAUUUUUCCUCUCCAAAGGGCUCGUCCUCUCCAUCCGAGAAUGACAGUUUCCUCAAAAGUUACAUUUCACAAAUAGCUAUGCAACCAUUUCCACAAGGCCAACCGCUGUGGGAAAUACAUAUUAUCAAGUGUCCAACCAGUGAAGCACAGGAAACCCUAAUUUUCAAGCUUCACCAUGCGCUUGGUGAUGGCUAUUCUCUUGUGGCUGCUCUCUUGUCUUGCCUUCAAAGAGCUGACGAUCCUUCUCUUCCAGUAACUUUUCCCUCAGUCAAAAAGUUCAGCUCAGCCAAUAAAGAUGACAGAAACAUCGGACUUCGGAAGGUGGUUAGCAGAUGUUUUUCCCCGCUUGUCAACACCGUAAGAGAUUUCGGUUGGAGCUUGUUGAAAAGCACUUGUGUCAAGGAUGAUUUGUCGCCAAUUCGGUCCGGUUCGGAGAGCCUCCAGCCAUUUUCAGUGUCGACGAUCACGUUCUCGUUGGAUCAGAUUAAAGAGAUCAAGUCUCGCCUUCGAGUGACCGUCAACGAUGUGAUUUUGGGAGUAAUCUUCUUGGCAACUCGAUUGUACAUGCAAAGAGUGAGCACAAACUCGAACCUGAGCACCAACUCCACAGCACUGGUGUUGCUAAAUACAAGGAAUUUGCGAGAUUACAAGCCAGUGAAAGAUAUGGUCCGACCUAAUUCGGAGUCACCAUGGGGAAAUCAUUUUGCAUUCUUGCAUGUGCCGAUACCGAAAGUGAAACCAAGCGAUUCUCAGUUCUCUGAUCCUUUGAAGUUUGUCCACAAAACUCAUGAGGUGAUCAAGAGGAAACGAAGCUCCUUCGGUGUAAUCCUCACAGGGAAGCUACUUGAGAUCAUGCAGAAAUGCAGAAACGCAGAGUACUUGCAGGCUGUAGCAAAGCACAUCAGCAGGACAGCGAGAAACUCGAGCAUGUGCAUCUCCAACCUUAUAGGGCCAGUGGACAAUUUGUCUCUGGCUAAUCAUCCUCUUAAAGGCAUGUACUACACCAUCGCCGGCACACCUGAGAAUCUCCUCAUAACGAUCUUCAGCUAUGCGGGAAAUCUGAGAGUGGCCGUUGGAGCUGAGCAAGGCUUCAUAGACUCCGAGCUGUACAACCAUUCGCUGCUUGAUGCUUUCGACAUGAUCCUUCGCGACGCAUGUCAGAAGCAGUAGAAGCCAUUCCUAUUUCUAUUAUUCUCAUCGUUCAACGCCUUCUGAUGAAAUCCUAGUUUUCUUUUUCUCCCUUGUUUCUUGCAAUGAAGAUACUGUUAGCAUGGAAGGAUCCAAACAUAUGACGACAGGAAAAUAUUAUUUGAAUAAAUCGAUAUAUCAGGGGGCGUGUUUAGCUUUAAAUUUAGAAUAUGGGAUAUUUCUACAAGGAUCGAAAACACUGUGGACGACGGACAGAGUUGAAAUUUUUCAUUCAUAUUAUCUGGCAUGUAGGAUUUGUUA